AUGUACAUCGUCCCCACGAUGUUCCGAGUAUUGUUGCAUCGAGAGAAAAUGGAUAGCACGUUGGAGUCGAUGAAGGACGGAGAGGCCACCGUUGGAGGCGGCGUUGAGGACGUCUACGGCGAAGAUCGUGCCACCGAGGACCAACUCGUCACGCCUUGGACUGUUUCCGUCGCCAGUGGAUACACUUUGCUGAGGGAUCCACGCCAUAACAAGGGGCUUGCGUUCACCGAGAGGGAAAGAGAUUCUCAUUACUUACGCGGUCUAUUGCCUCCGGCUGUUUCAACACAGGAGCUUCAGGAGAGGAAAUUGAUGCAAAGUAUUCGCAAUUAUGAAGUUCCCCUGCACAAAUAUGUGGCUAUGAUGGAACUUGAGGAACGAAAUGAGAGGCUGUUCUACAAGCUUCUUAUUGACAAUGUAGAAGAACUUCUCCCUGUUGUAUACACUCCUACAGUUGGUGAAGCCUGCCAGAAAUAUGGGAGUAUUUUCAAGCGCCCUCAGGGUCUAUACAUUAGCAUGAAAGAGAAGGGAAAGAUUCUUGAGGUACUCAAGAACUGGCCUGAGAGGAGUAUUCAAGUUAUUGUGGUGACAGAUGGAGAACGUAUCUUGGGACUUGGAGAUCUUGGAUGCCAGGGUAUGGGAAUUCCAGUUGGGAAACUUGCUUUAUAUACUGCACUUGGAGGAGUUAGGCCUUCUGCAUGUUUGCCAAUAACCAUUGAUGUGGGGACGAAUAACCAAAAGCUACUUGAUGAUGAAUUCUAUAUUGGUCUUAAACAAAAGAGGACCACUGGAAAGGAAUAUUAUGAGUUACUUGAAGAGUUCAUGUCUGCAGUCAAGCAGAACUAUGGUGAAAAAGUUCUUGUACAGUUUGAAGACUUUGCAAACCACAAUGCAUUUGAGCUGUUAGCCAAAUAUAGAAACACUCAUUUGGUGUUCAAUGAUGACAUACAGGGGACUGCAUCUGUGGUUCUUGCUGGUCUUGUUGCAUCACUGAAAUUACUUGGUGGUAGCUUGGCUGAUCACACAUUCUUGUUCCUUGGUGCUGGAGAAGCGGGAACUGGUAUAGCUGAGCUUAUAGCUCUUGAGAUAUCAACAAAGACAAAUAUUCCUGUGGAAGAGACUCGAAAGAAGAUAUGGCUUGUGGAUUCUAAGGGGUUGAUUGUUAGUUCUCGUAAAGAAUCCCUUCAACAUUUCAAGCAACCAUGGGCUCAUGAACAUGAACCUCUUACUACUCUUUUGGAUGCUGUUAAGGCCAUCAAGCCAUCUGUCCUGAUAGGAACAUCAGGGGUAGGACAGACAUUUACAAAAGAUGUGAUUGAAGCCUUGGCAGCUGUCAAUGAGAGACCUCUUAUUAUGGCUCUAUCGAAUCCAACCUCACAAGCAGAGUGCACAGCUGAACAAGCUUACACAUGGACCAAGGGCAAAGCAAUAUUUUCAAGUGGCAGUCCUUUUGAUCCUUAUGAGUACGAUGGCAAACUCUUCAUUCCUGGCCAGGCAAACAAUGCUUACAUUUUCCCUGGAUUAGGGUUUGGGUUGGUCAUCUCUGGCGCAAUUCGUGUUCAUGAUGAGAUGCUUUUAGCAGCAUCGGAAGCAUUGGCUAAUCAAGUAACGCAAGAGCACUAUGAUAAAGGGAUGAUUUAUCCUCCACUUACUAACAUCAGAAAGAUUUCCGCUAAUAUUGCUGCCAAAGUUGCUGAGAAAGCAUAUGACCUUGGUUUGGCAACGCGUCUUCCCCGCCCCACGGAUUUAUUGAAGUAUGCUGAGAGUUGCAUGUACACACCCAACUACCGCAGCUACAGAUAAAUGAUUAGCUAAUAACUUGUGUUUGGUUAUCAUCCUGUAUUUGUGUUCCCUUUAUGUAUGUUGUAAUUUUUCUCUUGUUUUGUAAGUGAUUUGGUAAGGGUUUUCGGACAUGGUUGUUUGUGGUGUGAAUGUUGUUAUAUAAUUACAAAAGGUAAAGAUGAAUAAAGAAAAGGCCUCAUUAGCCUAAU